AUGGGCCCAGACAUGGCUAAAAGAACUGAUGACAAGUAUGGGAUAACUCAAUUUGCUGGAACUAAUUUUCCAAACUGGAAAUUUAGAGUAGAAAUACUUCUCGAAGAAUUUGGAGUAAGAGCCUGCCUUACAGGUAAUGAGCCUAGUUCAACUCAAAAGGUAGAGCUGGAAAAGUGGCAAAAGGAUGACAAGAAAUGUAAGUCCCUAAUUGUUCAAUGUGUUGCUGACAGUCAUUUAGAGUAUGUAAUGGGCAAAGAAACUGCGAAGGAAAUCUGGAAUUCGUUAGUUCAGACGUUUGAACGUAAGGGUGUUGCGAGUCAACUGUAUCUAAGACGACGGUUACUUACACUAAAACUUGAAAAUGACACUAAUCUUGAAGCUCAUUUUAUAAAAUUUGAUUAA